GCAAGUAACCAAUACUUAUUUUCUUCCCAUUACGAGAAUUGGCGUUAGCUUUACCUCCUAUACAAACUAGAAAGUACAUCAAAUAUUUAUGUAUAUCGACGGAGACGGACGUUUCAUUUUUGUGUUUCACCAAUCACCCUGGAAUGAGACACAAACAGACACCAUCUCUUCUGAAUUUGAAUGCAUACCUACGCCUCAUCAAUUCUGAUCACGAGUACUACCUCCUUCAAUUCGUUUCACCUCCAAAUUCUUUCUCUUUCUCUUUCUCUUUCUCUUUCUUCUUCUCCACUUUUACUUUUUAGAUUUUAGACAUAUUGGAUCGCUAAAUCAACAUCUAUCAUGUCAUACCGAAGCGUCAACUAAUUUCAAACCCUGAUCGGAGUUCUUCCUGUUUUCUUCGUAAGUAAGCCAUUGCUAAUGCUUCUUUCUGUCAAAAUUUAUGAUAUAGUUUCUUACGUACUACUCCUUCCGGCCCCAGACAAUUUGAAGUUAAAUAUAAUAUAAUAUAAUAUAAUGCCGCAAGAAAUUAGCCCGAAUCCAAUGUUAUUGAACACACCUAGCAAGAACUCCAGAGGACUCAAAGGUCUCACAAAUGGCGCCACGGAAGAGUUCAUUGAUGAUCGUGAAUUAGCGCAGAGAAAAGCCGAAGCAGCAGCGGCGAGGAGGAACCAGGCGGCCGAAUGGCUACGACAAAUGGAUCACGGUGCGGCGGAGGUACUGUCCACCGAACCCUCCGAGGAACACUUCUGUCUCUCUCUUCGCAAUGGCCUCAUCCUCUGCAAUGUCCUCAACAAAGUCAAUCCCGGUGCAAUUCCCAAGGUGGUAGAAAUUCCAAUCAUCGAUACGGAGGGAGCAGCGCAAACCGCAAUUCAAUAUUUCGAAAACAUGCGGAAUUUUUUAGUUGCUGUUGCUCGAAUGAAGCUUCUUACCUUUGAGGUGUCUGAUCUAGAAAAGGGAGGCUCAUCUGGUAAAGUCGUAGAUUGCAUUCUAUGUUUGAAAGGUUAUUACGAGUGGAGGCAAUCCGGUGGGGCUGGAGUUUGGAAGUAUGGUGGGACUGUAAGGAUCACUUUAACCUCAUUUCCAAAAGGAUCACCUUCCUCUUUAAUUGGCAGUGAAAGCGCCGAUGAAUCUCUAGAUGAAUCCGAGUCAUCACAAUUCGAAGAGUUGUUGGAGUAUCUUCAUCUAUCAAGUGAGGUGUCUCUUCAGGAAUCAAAAGUGUCAACCGCACUUACCUUCCUCUUUGACCAUCUAGGUAUCGGGCUUUUGCAGACUUAUCUCACAGAGACUAAUGAGCUUGAUGACUUUCCCAUGAAUUCAAUGGUUAUUGACAUAGUACUCAGGAAGGCUGUUAAAGAUCUUUCAUCAUUGCUUAUUUCUCAAGGAAAUCAGCUUGGUAUCUUUCUAAAGAACAUGUUAAAGGGCAACUGCAAGCCUUUAUUAAAGCAUGAAUUCCUACUGGCCAUUUCAAAUUAUAUCGACCAAAGAUCAGGUUUAGUUUCAAAUGAGUUAUCAAAGUUUUGCAUAUGUGGUAACAAGGGUAAAGACAUUAGUUACUUAGCUGACAAAACAAGCGUGCUGGAUGUUCAACAAAAACAACUAGAG